UGUUGACAAUCAGCUCUGCUGGCAACUUUCUUUUUCCUUUUGCGGAAGAAGAGUCACGUGAUAUCGAAGGUCGGCUCGAGAAGUUGAAGCUCGAGGAGUUUUUUUGUUAAAUUUCGGGUGCGCAGUUCGCGUGGAGUUAAGGGCAAAAUGGGGCUGCGGGAAGAACUUCUAAAGGCAAUCUGGCAUGCGUUUACAGCCUUGGAUGUGGACAAAUGUGGAAAAGUGUCCAAGUCUCAGCUCAAAGUGUUGUCUCAUAACUUGUGUACUGUAUUAAAAAUCCCUCAUGACCCAGUGGCCCUUGAGGAGCAUUUCCGAGAUGAUGACGAAGGACCUGUUUCCAAUCAGGGAUAUAUGCCCUACUUGAACAAGUUCAUUUUAGAUAAGGUGCAAGACAAAUUUGAUAAGAUUGAGUUUAACAGGAUGUGUUGGACGCUUGCUGCUCGAAAAAAUCUCAUUAAAAAUGCUUUGUCAGUUGAUAACGAAGAUGCCUUUAAAAUAUGGUGCAUUUUCAACUUUCUUACUGAAGAUAAAUACCCCCUGACUAUAGUUGCUGAGGAGGUUGAGUAUCUGCUGAAAAAAUUGUCAGACGUUAUGGGAAGAGGGUGGCAACAGGAACAGUUUGAGCAAUAUAAAGCAUCCAUUUGUAACAAAAAUGGCCUUUCUGCAUGGGAAUUAAUUGGACUGAUAAAUAGCAGACAGUUCUGUAAAGGCAUGGACCAGCAGACAGUCUCAGUGGCAAUUAAUGAAGUCUAUCAAGAACUCAUUCUAGAUGUGCUGAAGCAGGGUUACAUGUGGAAAAAAGGACACAAAAGAAAAAACUGGACAGAACGUUGGUUUGUACUAAAACCUAAUGUUGUUUCAUACUACGUAAGUGAAGAUUUAAAUGAGAAGAAAGGAGACAUCAUUUUGGAUGAUAGCUGCUGCGUAGAGUCACUGCCAGAGAAAGAUGGAAAGAAAUGUCUUUUUCUCGUAAAAUCAUUUGACAGAACAUACGAGAUCAGUGCGUCUGACAAAAAGAAAAAGCAAGAAUGGAUCCAAGCUAUUCAGGUAGCAAUAAAUCAGCUGAAAAUGAGAAGCCCGUCACCUCAUGUGGAAGCACGUGAAAAACGGUAUGAAAUGCGGCAAAAACUUCUAGCAGAACAAGAGGAAAUAGAGAGGCAAAUGAAAGAACUGCAGAUGGCGAACGAGAGCAAACAACAAGAAUUAGAAACAGUGCGAAAGCAACUGAGCGAAGCUGCAACCCGUGCUUCAGAGGAGGAAAAAAGGCGACUUCAGACGCAGAUUGAGCUACAGAAUAAAUUCAGCACAGAACUGGAGAGAGAAAAACUAGUACGACAGCAGAUGGAAGAACAAGUUGCCCAGAAAUCUUUCGAACUGGAGCAGUAUCUUCAAAGAGUACAUGAACUGGAGGAAAUGUACGAACAGCUACAGGGAGCACUAGAAGAUGAAAAACAAGCUCGACAAGAUGAGGAAACCGUAAGGAAGCUUCAGGCCAGGCUGCUGGAGGAAGAGUCUAAGAAACGGGCUGAGCUUGAAAACCUUCAUUUACAACAGCAGAAGACCAUCCAGGUGACAGAAAAAGAGAAGCAGGAGUUGGAGUACCAGAGGAUCCUUAAAGAACGAGCACUCCAGGUUGCCAUGCAUCAACUAGAUCAACUAGAAUCAGAACGGAAAGAGGCCCUUGAGCAAUACUGGAAAGUUCAAAAGAAGUUGGAUGACGCAGCUAACAAGACAAAGAGUUGGCGGGACAAAGUUGCUCAUCAGGAGGGCCUGCUACGAUUAAUACAGCCAGGAGGAAAAACUCCACACUUGAUUACGAACUGGGGACCUGCAACAUUUACUGAAGCAGAACUUGAACUGAGGGAGAAGACCUGGCAGGAACAAAAAAAUUCACCUGCUCAGUAGGCAGGCUGUGUCUUAAGGACUGAAUAGUGGAAUUGAAUUCCUACAAAACAGUGAUAUACUAUGUGUAUGGAAUGAUGCUUGCAUAGUUUAGUAUAUUUAAAAUGUCAAGUUGGGCAAAAAUUUUUUUUUUUACAUUUUUUACUAUGGUUUACUAUGGUAAGGUUGAAGUGAAGUUCGGAGGCUGAACGGCGACACUGUCGAACCCGACAUUGUCAAAGUAUGAAUUUCGCCCCUAUCUCCACCUAUGUUAAAGCUCAUUUUGAGGUCAAAGACGAGUCGAAUUUUGACAAUGCCAGAAUUCGACAUUGUCAUUUUUGCUUACGUGGGUCGACGAUCCCAUCAUUCGAUGGGGUCCGGUUCGACCAUACCAUAGCAAACCUUUACUACUGCGUUAGAGAUGUGGAUUUUGUGCUUUUUGUAACACCUACUGUUUCUCAUUCCUGCAAUAUAAAGCAAUUGCUGUUAGAUGUGGAACUACUUCCUUUAAACCAUUAAGAGAUCAGAAUGCUUGUCCCCUUUAAGGUGAUAGGUGCCAGAUCCUAUUUUUUUUUAAAUGCACUAAUAUGAGUGAUCUUUCAUCAGAGAUUAAAGCAACAAUGCAGAGGGUACAUGUUAACUUACAGUCUGCAAAAGUUAGCCAAAAUGCCAUUGCUGUUAGUGUAGUUAGCAUUGUAUUUAGACCAGAAGUCCAUAUCUCUACUGUUUUUUAUGUGCACAGGUGAUGUCUCCCUUGUGUAAUAUAAAUGUCCUUAAAAAAUAAGCAGCCAUAAGCCUGCAGUUCUUGAUUGAGCUAACUACAAAGCAAAACACCCCUCAAACUUCCUACGUAGGUCUUCUACUGUACAAGAUACUUUUUUUGGUUUGGAAGUCUAGUAAUAGUACUGUAACAUGCCUUACAUUAGCAUGGAUGACUUGUAGUAAGGGGAUUUAUUUGGUAACUAUUUUUAUGCCAUUCUUUGCACGGCAUAGAAGCUAUAACUCCCCGUGCUCUUACUGAAGAGUAUAUUGUAUUAUGUAAUUGUGGUACAGUAAAAUAACUGAAACCAUACUAAGCAUGUGUAAUCAGUAUAAAACCACAUUUUUAAAUUCUGUGUGUCCAAUAUAAAAAGAGAGUUUCAUCAAAUCUGGUAUGUAAAGAACCUGAAAAGAGACACAGGAACUGUAUGUGUACAGUAUUUUUUUUACUACAUAAAUAGACUUGUUUUAGAAAUAAUCUUGAAAUGCCAUGGUCUAAAUAUCUAUUAUCUACUAUAAUAAGUAACUACAAAGCAGAUGUAUUUCUAAAUGAUAUAUGUAUAAUUACACAAAAUUAAUCAGUAUUUUAACAUUUCAUCAAGUGAGUUAUAUGAAUUUUAUUUGAAUACUUAGGUAACAACUAUACUGUUUUAGCUGCCAAGACUUGAAGAAUGUUUUACAAGUUUGCAGUAAAGCAAAUAAAAAUGUCAUGCCUCCAUAGUUGUGUGAUAUAUAUAUAUAUGUUAUGGUUGCUUUGUUAAAAUGUUGUCAUUCAAUGAAUAUUAGCAUAAGGUAUUGCUAGAAUAGUUCAUAAUAAAUGUCAUUGGCUAUUA